GCGGAAAUUCGUAGCGGUUGCCAUGGCUACAGACAAUGAGUUUGUAGUAAAUUGAGGUCCUUGCAAAGUUUUUGCUUCGCCUGGAAAUAUUUCAAGCAACAAGAGUGGGUGCAGAAGCCUACAAAGUUGCACGAAAGUUUCACGUUUCAUAUUUGUAAAGAACGACAGUAACAAGAAGGGAAGAAAUACUUGAAUUAUAAAAAAAUAUGUGCAUGACCGAAUCACUAGUCUUCACAUGAAAGAAAUGAAAAUAUUUCUGCGUAUGUAUUCAUUUCGUAAUUUUGAAAUCUAGGUAAACAGGGGCUAUGGUGAAUCUUUACUUUCUAUUUUGCUGAAGCAUCUACAAGGAAAGUUCAUGCCAUUUCGUUGAACCAGAUCUGUACAUAAAAAACUUUGCUUUUCGCUAAGAACAGGACUUUUAACACCACUGUAAAGUAUAUAAUUACUUAUUAGGUAAGUUUGUUUGAUAUAGUACGCAGUAUUACAGUACUAAAAACUGACUUGCUUAUCAAGUACAAGUUACUGCUCAUGAUUAUCUCAAACCACUUACAUUUAGUGACGUUCUGUUACUGUGUGUAUUAUCCAAUAAAAUUAUUUAAUAUUGAACUUUGCCUUUUAACUUCAUUUCUUCUUUAGUAAUCUUAUUUAUAUUAAACUAACCUAUUUAUUUGUCUUCCUAACAGAAAAAUAUCAGCAUUCAUUCCUAGCGAUGACUUGAGAGGAUAUGAGUAACUGAUUCAGUUCCUACAGAAAUGAGCAGUCAAAGACUAUUAGAAGAUUUUAUCAACAACUAUGAAAUAAAAUUAAAAGAGACAUAUAGAAAUUGUGAUACACAUCGUCUAAGUGAAUAUAAUGCUGCAGUCAAAAUUCAAGCUUGGUUUCGUGGUAUUCGAAUUCGAUGUUAUUUGAAAUUUAUUAACAAAUGUACAAUUAUUAUUCAAAAAACUUGGAGAGGAUAUUUAGGCCGUAAACACUAUCGACUUGUAUUAUCUGAAGCUGUUGUCAGAUUCCGUAGAAAUAAAUUUAGUACAGCUGCAGCUAAAAUUCAAAGUGCGUGGAAGGGUUAUCUAACUCGGAAAUAUGUAUUCAACUUCUAUGCACGUAAAGUUUAUCUAUCAGCUUUAGUUGAUGUUGGCGAAUUUGUUAAGAGUCAGUUAAGUGAAUAUGAAAAAGAAAUGAAACAAUUAAAAGUCAAUGAGAAAGAGGAAAAUGAACGGAAAAGAAUACUUAAUUGGGCAAAAUCCCAUCAUUUCCUAAUUUCUACAUAUUGUCAACCAGGAAUAUAUCAACAAAGUGAUAAAACGCCUAGUGAUAAGGAAAAGCUUUUAUUAUCAGUUCGUCAAGAAUUGAUAAAAGAAAAUAAGAAGAUACCACGAACUGUCGGGUGUACUGAAAUAUCAGCAUCGUCCUACACAGCUUCGUCAUCAUCGUCCUGUCCUACUGCAAAACGGAUAAAUAAACCUGUGAAAGUUAAAGGUCCAUUCAGAAAUCCAGAAGAAGUGAAAAAGUGGAUAAAUACACCGUUAAAUCUAUCCUUACGCGUGACAACAGAUUACUUUUCAUUGGAAAAAGCUCAACAAUCUUGGAAGUCUGAGGAAUGGAGCAACAGAUUACACGAUGAUAAAUUUCAUGCCGGAGUUGUACCCUCGCUACCUUACGAACGAUUAUUAUGGUCUGAGUCAGUUUAUGGACCAAUUCCAUAUGGAACAAAACACUUUCGAAAAUCAGAGGAGGAAGAUGCACUGAAUUCAAAGAAGUGCAAACCUAUACGAUUUCGUAAUGUAUUACCACCGAUUGGAUUAUUCGAUAAAUUUAAUAAGGAGUAUAUACCAGGCUAUGCAACAGGUUGAAAAAGGACUUGAAAAAAGGAAAAGAAAUUUCGUAAAACAUGAAUUUCUAUCCCAAUUUUGUCGAAAUAAUGAAGAA